AAGGAUGGAAGGAUGGAAGGAUGGAAGGAUGGAAGGAUGGAAGGAUGGAAGGAUGCUCCCGCGCUCGCCUCUCCUCCCUCCGUCUUUCCCAGCCGGGAGGGUCCUCCGGGUGCCGGGCUCAGUCGGCAGCUGCCUUCGGAAGCAUGUGUGGCGCCGGGAGGGUGAACUUCUUCUCUGAAGUUAAACUUCUUGGAAGUUAGAGGCGGUUCCCAGAAAAUGGCGGGGAUGCGGUUUGUCCAUGGAAGGGCACAGCCCGCGGCUCAGGAGCCCUCCGAGGUGAAGCAGAUUUUUUCUUCCAAAAUGACAUUACGAGUUCUGGUUUUGUGUUUGGCAUAUUCUGGGCUUGGAAAGGCAGAUGUGGUUCCACAGGCUGGACACACAGAAGUGAGGAUGGGUGACAAUGCAACUCUGAGCUGUGCCCUGACAAAAUCCAUGGAUGUUUUGCAAGUGACGUGGCAAAAGGACUCAGAAGGAUCAAAUGAUAAUAUAGCUACAUACAGUAAAGCAAACGGACUAAAGAUUCACGAGCCCUAUAAAGGCAGAAUGAAUUUCACAAGUUUGGAACUCAACAAGACAAGCAUAACUUUUUGGGACACUAGAAUGGAUGAUUCAGGACAUUACAAGUGUCUCUUCAAUGUUUUCCCUGUGGGCUCCUUGUCAGGAAAUAUCCACCUGAGUGUUUCUGGUCUCAAUGCAUCUGUCCAUCACAACAUUUCUGAAGAUCAUUUGAUAGUCACCUGUAAUGCUUAUGGCUUCCCAGAGCCCACCAUCACCUGGAACAACCUGUUCAAUUCUACUCCCACACAGAAGACAGUCAAGCACAAAAAUGGGAUUGUGUCCAUCACCAGUAAACUGGAAGUCUACAACAUUCAGAGCAUCAGUGCACGGGAUUUGACCUGCACAGUAAGCAACACAAAUGAAGCAGUUGAAUUGCCUGUGAAAAUAAAAGGAGGUAGAAGAGGGAUCAUCUCUGCUUUGGUUGGUGAUUAUUGCAGUGCUUCUAGUAGUCAUCACAGUUCUGAUUAUGCUCUUCUGGAGGAAGAUCCUAUGCAGGAUGAGUUGAAGUGGACCCUUGAGGAUUUCCAUCCAUCUACCACAUCAUUAGAAGCCGGCAACCUGAAGUCAACAUUACACAUAGUGACUUGACUGGCUGGAAAGAAGCAGCAAAAAAAGGAGAAGACAUCAUAUACACUGUCUGGAAGCUGGGAUGAUCACUGAAAUGACUAACACAACAUUUGUUGUCUGGUCUAGGCCCUUAAAAUGUAGGACUGGAGGGACCACUUGGUCUGCUGCUCUGCAGAGGAGGAGAUUUUGUCAGGCAAAACCUUCUUUGCCAUACCACUCUUGAUCCUGUUGCUGGGCAAAAUGUAUUUGUCUUCUUCCAGCUGAGUUUUGAAAAUGUCCAUGGAUAGAAGCUCUGCAGACUGUCUUCCAGUGCCAAAUUGUUCUUGCAGUAGAGAGAGAUUUCAUUUUUGCCAACAUCGUCUGCAAUUCCACUUGCAGCAACUCUCAGAGUUCAUCACUCUCUUCCUGUCAUCUGGCUUUUCUUCUCUUAUCCAGCUGUUCCAGCUCCUUUUUCUCUGUCAGGAAAGACUUGCUGGACUCAAAAUCACAGGACUCAAACCACACAGGAUUUGCCAAAAUUACUGGGGAAGAGCAAUAGGUCUCCAAGCAGGUGACUACAUAAAGGCAAUAGCAGCCACAGUUUGGAAGGAAGAAUUGUAAGUAAUUUGUAUAAUAUAUAAGCAAUUGACUUUAUUUGACUUCUUUCUAAUCCUGGAAUGUCUUCUUUUGUGUUUUCUGGGGUUUUUUAGGGAUGUGUGUGGUGGGGUUAAAUAUAUGAGUCAGGAGGAAAUGGUAACAAAGGCCAGUAGUGGGAGCAUUGUCUUCUCCAUCUUUCCUUUCUGUUAAAACCCUGUCCUACUCCUUGCUGGGCUGUCAAAAGGCAUGGACUUUAUCAAGAGUUGUUGUGCUCAUCUUAUGCACUGUUCAGAGUAGUCUUUCCUGUCUUCAUCCAUUUUAAUUCUGUCUUUUUAAACACAUAUAAGUCGCUUAGCUGGCCAAAAGCUAUUAUUCCAUGGCUGGACCUCACUGGGUGGGAUGUCCCACACUGAGCUCAGUAUCCUGUGUCACUGCUGUGGCUGCAAUGAUAUCAGUUGGCAGUCUUACAGAGACUGAGUUUCCUGAUUUGUGAUGGUUUUGGUAGCAGAUAAAGACACUGCACUAUUCUUAGGAGCUGGGACCUAAUUCUGCUCCUGUCCCAGGCUGGAUUGGAGUUCCUUUCCCACCAUCCCAAGCUGCUCAUCACUGCCAGCCCAAGCCUACUGAUCUGGCCAUUUCCAGUCUUCCCACAAGUUCCAGGUGCUUGACCCCCUCUUGCUGGGCAGCAGCAGGCUGCUCAGGAGGACCAUGCACUCCUGGGCAUUGCUCUGCAGCUCCUCAUCUUCGUGAGGGGAGGAAGGCUCCAGGUGCCCUCUGCUUCUGUGCUUGAUUUGGUUGGGACAGGGUUAAUUUUAAUAAAAGUUAGUGUGAGGCUGCCAUUCUGACUCUCCCCUUCCCUCCUGGGGGACUAGAGCUGUGUGGUGCAAUCUUCCUUCUGUCUGAGUAUUUGUCAUUGUAUCAGGAUCACUAACA